AUGGGCAAGAAAGUACCCCCAAAACAACAAUUCAAACCAAAACCAAAACCAAAACCGCAACCCUCAAAACCAGCACAACCACCACCCGCAGAGCCGCAACCGCCCACCCUGCCCCUCCCCCUCCAACAAACCCUCCUCGCGACCUUCAACACGACCUUCUCCCCCGUCCUCGGCUCCGACGCCUUCCCCUCCCUCCUCCAGGAGUGCAAAGCGGCCCUCUACGCCCGCGACUUCGAGACCGCCUUCGCCAACGCCUCGCGGGCCUCCCUCGACGCCUACGCCGCCCGCUGGAGCCCCACCCGCGCCCUCGCCUACGCCGCCGUGCUCCUCGGCGUCGCGGGGCACCUCCGCCAGGACGUCGUCGCCGUCCGAGCGGACUCCGGGGAGGAUGAUGCGGUGGUCGUCGGAACCGUUGAGAAGGACGUCGCCUUCGAGAAGAAGGAUGCGGAGGAGGAGGAGAAAGCGCAGCCGAAAAAGUCCGUCAGGAUGCUCUCGGUAGGCGGCGGGGCCGCCGAGAUCGUCGCCUUCGCGGCUUACCUCGCGUCCGAGUCCCUUAAAGGAGAAGUUGUCCUGCUCGACUCCGCGCCGUGGGACGACGUCGUCGCGAAGCUGCACACCGCGCUGACGACGCCUCCACCGUUGUCGAAAUACGCCAGUGCGGCCACGAAGGCGUCCAACGCCGCGCUGAUCGCGCCGGAGGACCUUCGUUCGACGUUCACUCGACGCGACGUGCUGUCGCUCACGCGGGAGGCGAUGGCGGAGACGAUGGGCAAAGAAGCAUUACUCGUCACAUUACUAUUCACACUCAACGAACUAUACACCUCCGCGGGAAUCGGCAAGACGACGACCUUCCUGCUGAACCUGACCGCCACGAUCCCCUCCGGGUCUCUGCUGCUGGUGGUCGACAGCCCCGGGAGCUACUCCGAGGCGGCGGUCGGCAAGGAGUCUAAGAGGUACCCGAUGCAGUGGCUCCUGGACCACACCCUCGUCAAGGACGAGCCCGUGGAGGGGUGCCUGUGGGAGAAGCUCGAGUCGCACGACUCCGUGUGGUUCCGCCUCGCCGAGACCCUUCAAUAUCCCAUCUCUCUCGAAAACAUGCGCUACCAAAUGCAUCUCUACCGGGCCACGAGACCCUGA